GACAACAUCAAACAUACCCCCGGCCAGCGGCUCGCCAUGACUCACGGAGCCCAGAUCGUCCGCUCUGCUCAGCCCAGCUCGGGACCGUCCGGAACAAGAUGCGGGAUGGUGAGUGUGGAGACAGCUGCCGAGCACGAGCGAAUUCUCCGCGAAAUAGAGAGCACGGACACCAACUGUAUUGGGCCGACUCUCCGGUCAGUGUACGAUGGCCAGGAACAUGGCCUGUUCAUGGACAAGCUGGAUGCUCGGAUCAGGAAUCACGACCGAGAAAUAGAGAAGAUGUGCAACCACCACUUCCAGGGCUUUGUGGACUCCAUCACAGAGCUUCUGAAAGUGCGAGGAGAGGCGCAGAAACUGAAGAGUCAGGUGACUGAGACCAACAGGUCCCUUCAGGGUGACGGCAAAGAGCUGAUGAGCUCCAUGGAGGAGCUGAGGCAGUGCCGAGUGCAACAGAGAAACAUCGCUACCACAAUGGACAAGCUGACGCUCUGCCUGCCAGUUUUGGAGAUGUAUGCUCGCCUUCAGGAACAAAUGGAGGCCAAAAGGUACUACCCCGCGCUGCGCACAUUGGAACAGCUGGAGCAAACGUGUCUUCCCAGGGCAGGCCAGUACCGGUUCUGUACCAUCAUGGCGGAAAACAUUCCCAAGUUGAGGACGCAGAUCCGGGACACGGCUAUGACGCAGCUGAAAGACUUCCUGGAGAGCAUCCGGAAACACUCAGACAAGAUUGGAGAAACGGCCAUCAGACAGGCCCAAGUGCAGCGCUCGCUGGACAACUCCAUUUCUCCCGUUGGCCGGCGCCCAAGGGGCCAAGCGCCGGCGGCCGCUGGGGUCAUGCAGAGCAACGGGCAGGCUGGCAGUCCGCUCUCAGAGCUGGACUCCGGUAUCCUGGAUGCGGAGGAUGGAGAGGAAGAUGAUGACGUCAGCGGCGCUCAGGACUUGGUGGACUUCUCACCCGUGUACCGCUGUCUUCAUAUCUACACAGUGCUGGGUUUGCGUGAUGCGUUUGAGAGCUACUACCGAAAGCAAAGGAGGAAACAGGCACGCCUCGUGCUGCAGCCGCACUCUAACAUGCAUGAAACUCUGGAGGGAUACAGGCACUACUUCAACCAGAUUGUUGGGUUCUUUGUGGUGGAGGACCACGUCCUUCACACCACGCAGGGUUUGGUCAACAGAGCCUACGUGGAGGAGCUCUGGGAGCUGGCGCUGUCUAAAAUCGUGGCUGCUCUGAGGACCCACUCGUCCUACUGUGAUGACCCAGACCUUGUGUUGGAUCUGAAGAACCUCAUUGUGCUAUUUGCUGAUACACUUCAGGGUUACGGCUUCCCGGUCACCCAGCUCUUUGACAUGCUGCUGGAGAUGAGGGAGCAGUAUGGAGAAAUCCUGCUGAAGAGAUGGAACAUCACCUUCAGGCAGGUGUUGGACCAGGACAACUACAGUCCCAUCCCGGUGUCAUCAGAGCAGGAGUACAGACACUACACCUCCCAGUUCCCCCUGCAAGACCCCCAACUAGACAAGCUUCCCUUCCCCAAGAAGCUUCCCUUCUCCCAGUUUGUGCCAAAAGUCUACUGCCAGCUCAAAGAGUUCAUCUAUGCUUGUCUCAAGUACUCUGAAGACCUUCACCUCAGCUCCACAGAGGUGGACGACAUGAUCCGCAAAUCCACCAAUCUGCUGCUGACCCGAACCCUGAGCCACUGUCUGCAGUACGCCAUCAAGAAGAAGAAUGUGGGCCUGGCGGAGUUGGUGCAGGUGAUCAUCAACACCACCCACCUUGAGCAGAGCUGCCACUUCCUGGAGGAGUUCAUAGCAAACAUCACCAACGUUCCUCCGGAGACGGCCAACGCCACCAAGCUGUAUGGGACGUCGACAUUUAAGGAUGCGCGCCACGCAGCGGAGGCGGAGAUCUACACGAGUCUCAAUGCCAAAAUCGACCAGUUCCUGCAGCUGGCGGAUUACGACUGGAUGGCGGGCGUGCCGACCGGCGCCGCACCGACGGCUAGCGACUACCUACUGGACCUGAUGGCCUUCCUGAAGAGCACCUUCAGUGUCUUCACCAACCUGCCUGGCAAAGUGGCGCAGACGGCGUGCAUGUCAGCGUGCAAACACAUCUCCACCUCACUCAUGCAGCUGUUGCUGGACCCCGAGGUCAAGCAGAUCUCCAUGGGGGCGCUGCACCAGUUCAACGCCGACGUCCACGAAUGCGAGGGUUUUGCCAGAGCCGGCCCGGUCGCAGGCUUCCAGGGUGACACGUUGCUUCUGGCCUUCAGUGACUUGAGACAAUUGCUGGAGCUGUUCACGCAGUGGGACUGGUCCAGCUACCUGGCAGACUACGGGAAAGCCAGCUGCAAGUAUCUGCGUGUGAACCCUCACACCGCCCUGGCCCUGCUGGAGAAGAUGCGGGAGAGCAGCAGGAAGAACAACGUCUUCGCCCAGUUCAGAAAGACGGACCGUGACAGACAGAAACUGAUCGAUACCGUCAUCAAGCAGCUACGCAAUGUCAUUGCACAACAGCAGCACACCUGAAAGCCCCCCCCCCCACCCCCCACACACCUUCUUAGCUUUUCUUCACACUGGUCUUCCUCACUGUGAUGGCAAUAGUGUGUGUUUAUGUUUGUAUAAAGGGAUGCACUGACAUGAGUGACGAGGGAACUUGAAUGUAGUUUGUAGUAAUAGAACACUACUGGUGAGGGAAACAUGAAUAUGUGCCUAAUUAAUAAA